UGGUAAUACCGAAGUUACAGACAGAAUUGGGAAGCGGUUGAAGGUCGGAGGGUACCGAUGCUGAAGGAGAAAACUAGGGGACUGUCUGCACCAGGAAGCAAGGGAAUGCUUCAUGGCUUGAUGUGAUGCAGAAAACGUAGGCAACUGGUAGCUGGUUCGCAAGUUUUUCGGAUGUCGGGAGCAGAGAAUAGCUCCGAGCACUGAUGCGGUGGCGAGCUUGAUUAGCAGGUUAGCUGACAGUCGAACUCCUCCGGUGAAGGCGGUGGGUCCAUAUGAACACCGAGGACUGGGACCUCUGACCCGUCCUUUGUAAAAGUAUGGGAGUGCGAACUGGAAAUGCACAGGGCGUUGUGCUGGGCAUUUCUGUUGUCCAGGCAGGAACGUUUCAUGCUAUGUUGAAGACUGCUACUGUGACCAAGCAUGCACUAUACCUUUAGACUGUUGUGAGGAUUAUUUUGCUGUAUGUGAACAAGCAACCUCAACUACGACAGCAGGAUCUCUUCCCAGAACCCAAACUACUAUAUUUUCUACCACAACAACACCUGUAUCAACUCCUUCAACUACAACAACACCAGAAUGUAUAACAGCUCCUCAGUCUUUACCUACCACCACAACAGCUACAUCUCCCGCCACAACCUCAUGUCCCUCAACGAUCACAGCGACACCUCCCUCCAGAAGCACAUCUCCCUCCGACAUGAGAACUACUCCUCCUUCAACAAUUUCAAACCCCCUCACAACCACAGAUACACCUCCCCCUGCAAGCUCAUCUCCCCCCACACCCACGAUUAUACCUCCUUCCAGAGUUACACCUCCUCUGACUAACUCAUCUUCCCUCACAACUACAUCUAACCCCACAACCAAAACUAUACCUCCCCUUACAACCUCAUCUUCCCCCACAACCACAGUUAUAACACCAUCCAUACCUACACCUCCUCUCACAACCUCAUCUUCCCCCACAAGCCCAUCUGUCUCCACAACAUCUUCUCCCCUCAACACCACAACUACACCUCUCUCCNCAACCUCAUCUCUCCCCAACACCACAACUACACCUCUCUCCACAACCUCAUCUCUCCCCAUCACAACUACACCUCUCUCCACAACCUCAUCUCCCCCCAACACAACUACACCUCUCUCCACAACCUCAUCUCCCUCCAACACCAAAAUGACACAUCCUUCAACAGUUACACCUCCCCUGACUAAUUCAUCUCCUCUCUCAACUACAUCUAACCCCACAACUGCAACUACACCUUCCCUUACAUCUCCCUCCACAAACACAUUUCCCCUCACUACUACAUCUAAUCCCACAGCCACAACUACAUCUCCCCCCACAACCUCGUCUGUAUCCACAUUCCCAUCUCCCCCCAGCACUACAACUGCACCUUUCUCCACAAUCACAUCUCCCUCCAUAACCACAGCUACGCCUCCCUCAAGAACUUCACCUACAACCACAACUACACUUCCUCCUACAACCCUAUCUUCCCCCAAAACCACAGCUACACCUCCCCUCACAAUCUUUUUUCCCCCCACAAGCUCAUCUCUCUCCACAACCUCAUCUUCCCCCACAAUCACAACUAUACCUCCUUCAACAGUUAUACCUCCCCUGACUAACGUAUCUCCCCUCACAUCUACAUCUAACCCCACAACCACAACUACACCUCCCCUCACAACCCCAUCUCUCUCCACAACCCCAUCUCUCUCCAUAACCACAACUAUGCCUUCCUCCAGAACGUCUUCUUUCUCAACAACCACAACUACAUUUCCUGCCACAAACCUGUCUUCCCCCACAACCACAACUACACAUCCCUCCACAACCUCAUCUAACCCCAAAACCACAGCUACACCUUCCUCCACAACUAUACAUUCCCUCACAACCUCUUCAUUUCUCAUGACCUCAGCAACUGUGAACAACAAUGAAACAACAGCAUCUGCAAGAGGUCAAUGUGAUGGCUAUAAGUGUUGUCCUGGCCAGAACAAUUCAUGUGUACAGUCCAAGUGCUGUCCAGCAAAACGCUGCUAUUGCGAUGAAGCAUGCAUUCAUUUUUCAGACUGCUGCCAGGACUAUGUUCCUACAUGUAAACCAGUACCUGGUCCCAUUACCAAUUUAACUGCAAGUAACAUCACCACAAGUUCCCUGCUUCUGAGCUGGACAGCUCCAUCUGGAAAUGUAGGGAGCUACAGAGUUGAAGUCAGUGGACCG